AUGGCGCCCGUGAGCUUGCUGAUUGCAAGCCUCAAUUUCACACAGGCUGAGAUUCUCAAAGCUGGACUCAUUCAAUUUGCCGUCGACCGUUCUCCGAUCCUUUCCCUUUCUGAAUUCUUUACCAAAGUCUUGCCUGAAUUCUUUACUAAAGUCUUGCAUGAAUGGCUAGCAAAAGUCUUGGAAUGGCUUACCCAUCCUGAAACCCUUCUCAUCAUAACUGUGUGGUGGAUCACCUUUGUGGUGGUGUUGAUUAUCGUAUCCUGCAUUGGGCUUAACCCAGUGGGAGUUGCUGCAGGCUCUGCAGCGGCUUAUUUUCAGUCUUGGAUGUAUGGUGGGUUUACGCCUGCAGGUGGUAUUUUCGCCACUUUGACAAGUAUGGCGAUGCUCGGCACAUUGAUGCCUUUACAGGUGAUAUUUUCUUCUACUGUUGCAACCAUAGCUGCCGUGAUCGUCUGGAAAAACGGAUAUAGAUGGUGA